CGUAGCUACGUCAUCAUUACGCGACGCAGAAACAGCGAGCGACGAGUGCUUCCUUACUUUACCUUACCAACGGUUUUGCUAAUUCCGUCACAAUAAUAGCGAUAUAUCGACUAGAUAUUGAUCUUGCGGAUGUUUUUAUAAGCUGUUUUCUGUCUCUCGAGGUCCAGCAGUGAAGCCGGUUGCCAUGGCGUCUCCAGGAGGACAGGGAGGAGGAGGAGGAGCUCUGUCCACCAGAGGAGCAAGGAGGAUGAAGUGGGCUCUGGAGCUGAGUUUGGGCAACACCAGGUCUCGUGGCGACCGUCAGGGCGGCCAGGGAGACGUGGUCUACCCCAUCGGCUACUCUGAGAAACCCGUCCCCGACACCAGCAUCCAGGAGACGGACAAGAACCUGGUGGAGAAGCGUUGUUGGGACGUGGCCCUCGGGCCCCUGAAGCAGAUCCCCAUGAACCUCUUCAUCAUGUACAUGUCGGGCAACACCAUCUCCAUCUUCCCCAUCAUGAUGGUGUGCAUGAUGGCCUGGAGGCCCAUCCAAGCGCUCAUGUCCAUGUCUGCCACCUUCAAGCUGUUGGAGAGCUCCAGCCAGCAGUGGCUGCAGGGCCUGGUCUACCUGGUCGGUAACCUCCUGGGCUCGGCGUUGGCCAUCUACAAGUGUCAGUCGAUGGGGCUGCUCCCGACGCACUCUUCUGAUUGGCUGGCUUUCAUAGGACCGCCUCAGAGGAUGGAGAUCAUGGGCGGAGGGAUGGUGCUGUGAGGAGUUCCAUAUUCGUAUGUCAAUGCGGCGGUCGGCUCGGCGGCAGGAUGUGCGGCGGCGGCGGCUUCGUGCGUUUCGUCUUUGUUGCUCCUCUGAUAUUUCAAUACGUUUUAAAAAGUUUAACCACUGUGUUUUUUUUCUUUUGCAGUUCAAGUAACAAUAACAGGUUAUUUAUGGGGGUGUUAAUAUAUAGAGUCCAGAAGCGAGUUUUGGGGUUUGUUAAUGUCGUUAAAACCUCUUAUAACUCCCAGGCAUUUUCAUUUAGUCAGGAACGAAUGUUUUUACUACAAUACAAUAGUCAUUUCUCCUUUUUUCUAUUGCUUUCAUUCUAAAUUCUUGAAACUCAUGAUUUCCGCAUUUACUUACCUGUUUUAAUUUAUACUUACAUUUCUACAUGAAAACGUUGUAAUCAAAUAAAAUCUAUUCCGGCUGCAAUAACAGGA